CUUUGCUCAGGAUCUUAAGCCCUUCAGCCUGCCUGGGACUGAGACUCCCACUACUCUGGGAUGCAUUGUAAGACAGGUGCGCUUUGACUGCAAAUCAAUGGCCCAGAAGGGGCAAACAUUUGAGCUUCCACGACAGAGAAUAACAGGAUGAGGUGUUAAAUGUUAACUGUCAGAAGACGCUUGUCUCAGGGUCCAGGCAGGCCAAAGGUCCAUCGUGUGCCUCCACCCAUUGACUCCUCCUAAAAGACAUAAUCAGCUCUCCAGUGCCUCUACGAUCCAGCUUCCUCUCUGCUCCGGUUUGAAACCUUGCAGAGCUCUGGAAGGCUAGAGAGGCUUACUGCUCGAGACACGACUGAGAGGGGAAACACAGGUAAUGUGAAGGUGCACAAAGCUGCAGCUACUAUGGACAGUCACGUCAUACAGAUUUCCCGAGAUGACUUGGAAGAUCUAAAAGAAGCCUUCAACAAAAUCGAUAUUGAUAACAGCGGCUAUGUGAGUGAAUGGGAGCUUCAGGAGCUGUUCAAAGAGGCAAGCCUCUCCCUUCCAGGCUACAAGGUGCGAGAGAUCGUCGAGACCUUCAUUGCUGGAGAUACAAACAAAGAUGGAAAGAUCAGCUUUGAGGAAUUUGUCUCUAUCUACCAAGACCUGAAGAGUAGACAGAUCAGCGAGACAUUUAAAAAAAUUGUGUCACGGAGGGAUGGGAUUCGUUCUUUUGGAGGAACAUCAGGAAUCUCUAGCGAGGGAACCCAGCAUUCCUACGCUGAUGAGGAGAAGGUGGCUUUUGUAAAUUGGAUCAACAAAUCUUUGGCAAAAGAUCCAGACUGCCGACAUCUGCUGCCCAUGAACCCUGACGAUGAAAGCCUCUUCACCUCUGUCCGCGAUGGCAUCCUCUUAUGCAAGAUGAUCAACCAUUCUCAGCCAGACACGAUUGAUGAAAGAGUCAUCAACACUAAGAAACCUACCACCUUUCAUAUGAGAGAGAAUCUGGUCUUGGCCCUGAAUUCAGCCUCAGCUAUUGGGUGCACGGUGGUGAGCAUGGAUGCCCAUGACUUGAUGGCUGGAAAACCCCACCUGGUUCUGGGAUUGCUCUGGCAGGUUAUCAAGAUUGGCCUCUUCGCUGACAUAGAAAUCAGCAGGAACGAAGGUCUGAUUGCCCUUCUAGCAGAUGGAGAAUCACUGGAGCACCUAAUGUCUCUAUCCCCUGAUGAGCUGCUGCUCCGCUGGGUCAACUAUCAUUUACGCAACGCAGGAACAGAAACAAUCAGCAACUUCAGUGAAGACAUCAAGGUACCGUGCAGAAUAAAUACACACACCCGUGAAUACAGAGUCAUCAGUGUAACCUCAUCUUGUACUCUCCCACCGAAGGACUCGCGGGCCUACUUCCACCUGAUGGAUCAGAUCACUUCCAGUGAGGAGGAUGAAUUCCAAAUGAAUAUAAAAAUUGACAUGAGCGGUCUCAAUGAGUGGGAUUUGGAGAAAAGGGCUGAGCUGAUGCUGCAGCAGGCAGCCAGACUGGAAUGCAGGCAGUUUGUUACUCCUCGUGAUGUCACAUCUGGAAACAGCAAACUGAACACAGCCUUCGUGGCCAACCUGUUCAACAUGCACCCCGGUCUGCAGAAGCUUCUGAUGAACGGAGGCAAUUUAGAGCGCAUAGAGAGGGAGACCAGAGAAGAAAAAACAUUUCGCAACUGGAUGAACUCUCUGGGUGUUUCUCCACAUGUGCACCAUCUUUACCAUGACCUGUGUGACGGCUUGGUGAUUCUGCAGCUUUAUGAUAAGGUCAAUGUGUUUGUGAACUGGAAGAAAGUCAACCGCCCUCCUUAUCCUGUGCUGGGGGCCAAUAUGAAGAAGCUGGAAAACUGUAACUAUGCUGUGGAGCUGGGCAGGGAUGUCGCCCGCUUCUCCCUGGUUGGAAUUGGAGGAGUAAAUCUAAACGAGGGGAGUCGUGUACACACCUUAGGGCUGGUCUGGCAGCUGAUGAGGAGGUACACAAUUCAAGUUUUGUCUGAUUUGGGUGAUGGAGAGAGGGUGGUAGAUCAAAUCAUCCUGGACUGGGUCAACAAGAUGCUGAGCCAGAAUGGAAAGGACACACAAAUCACCAACUUCAAGGACAAGCUGAUCAGCACCAGCCUGCCAGUGAUUGACCUGAUUGAUGUAAUUGCUCCGGGGAUGGUCAAGUUCCACGUGGUGGCAAGAGGAGAAAAUGGAGUGCUGAAGAAAGAUGAUAAAAUCAACAAUGCCAAGUAUGCAAUCUCAUUGGCUCGUAAGAUUGGCGCUCGUGUCUACGCUCUGCCUGACGAUUUGGUGGAGGUCAACCCCAAGAUGGUGAUGACUGUGUUUGCCUGCCUCAUGGGGCAUGGUAUGAAGAAAGCCAAAAACUGAAGUAGGCACAAACAACACUGAAUGAAGAUGAAAAAAUAUAUUUGUAUUUUACUUUAAAAAAAAUUAUUUUUAUCGCUUUUCUGUAAGUUUUAACCUCGCCGUGCGUACAAAACAAAAACAGUCUAGAAUUCUCUAUUAUUUGUUUGCAAGAAAUAAAAGCUGUAAAUCUUUUUCCAUCAAUAAAGAUAAUUUUUUUUUUAUAUGUGAUUUUAUGGAAGAUUGUUCUUUGCUUUAUUAUACUUAACCCAUUUUAUUUACUUCUUCUGCAAUAUGAGCCAGAGAUCCGUCAGAAGAAAAAGCAGAAUUAUAUACAUAUGUGUUCGGUCAAAUACAUUUUAUGUCUGUAAAU